CAAGGGUCAUCUGGGAGUGCUCCCGUGGGGGGUGGGAAGAGAGAGGCUGGCAGGAUUUAAUCUCCAGCUUCCUUCUGCAAGCGGCAUUCUCCUCGCACAUGUCCUCACCUGCCCGGCCUUGCCGCAGGGAGCUCACCUACACGUUGUGGGUGAGAAGGAGUGUGCCAGCAGGAGGAAGGCCCCAUACGCCGAAAUCUCCACUGUGAACCUUUCCUUGUUGGAUGCAUGCCUCUGUGUGCAUAUAUAUGUCUGUAUGAAUCUGACACCUGCUGUGAGUUUGUAGAGCUCACUCUCAAGUUGUUCUUACGGGUAUUAAUAUAAUGUCGGCUUGGUUUAGUCUGCAGUCCUAUCUCCCCUUGGCCUGGGAAUAAAUGCUGUUGUACCCAAUGGCAUUGACGCCUGAGCAGACGUGUAGGAUUGUGCGGUGACGAUGACUAUAGGGUAGUUUCUUAUUUAGAUUUUAUAUUAUCAUUACUUGUGAAUUGUGAGGAAGGUGGCAACUAGCUACACAUUCUAGUAAUUCCCAUAUUCAGUAAUCUUCCCAACACAGUUGAGAAAAGGUUUAUUUUUUCAUGAUGAAAGUGAGAAAGCUAUCACAGCUACAUCUGAAUUGCUGAUGAAAUGAUUUCUUAGUAUUUGCUGUUCACAGAAAAGCCUUGCCUGACUAUUUUCCUUCCCGUCUCUCUUCACUUCCCUCCGCCCACCGUGCUUUGGUGGCUCUUGGUUUCCUCUGUGCCCAGCAGAUGGAGGAUUAGUUAGUUGAAAGAACUCCCUUGGAUUCCAGCAGAAGGAAUACAGGUGUUGGAGGAUUCCAAGCACAACUAUGAUAGAGGAUAAAGGCCCAAGAGUGGUCGACUACUUUGUAGUGGCAGGACUCACUGAUACAUCAACACUUCUAGAUCAAGAAGUAAAUCGCUCUGAAACAAAGUCAGUUGGUCCAAAGGCUCCAAUCACAGAUCUUGCUAUCAUCAUCAAAUCGGCAGGUGAAACUGUUCCUGAGGGAUACACUUGUGUAGAAGCAACCCCCACAGCACUUCAGGCCAACUUGAACUAUGGUAGUCUUAAAAGUCCAGAGCUUUUUCUUUGCUACAAGAGGAGCAGGGACAAGCCGCCUCUUACUGAUGUUGGAGUUUUAUAUGAAGGGAAGGAACGUCUAAUGCCAGGCUGUGAGGUGAUCCAGGCUACUCCCUACGGUCGCUGCGCUAAUGUCAAUAACAGUUCAGCCACUUCCCAGCGAAUCUUUAUCACCUAUCGGAGGGCUCCUCCAGUACGACCCCAAAACUCCUUGGCUGUUACUGACAUCUGUGUUAUUGUCACCAGCAAGGGAGAAACCCCUCCUCAUACUUUCUGCAAAGUUGAUAAGAAUUUAAAUUGUGGCAUGUGGGGUUCCAGUGUAUACCUGUGUUAUAAAAAGUCUGUUCCAGCUUCUAACUCAAUUGCAUAUAAAGCUGGCUUAAUAUUCAGAUAUCCAGAAGAUGAUUAUGAAUCAUUCCCCUUGUCCGAAUCUGUACCUCUGUUCUGUCUUCCAAUGGGAGCUACAAUUGAAUGCUGGGACCCUCAAACCAAAUAUCCACUACCUGUGUUCUCAACAUUUGUUUUGACUGCUUCAUCUGCGGAAAAGGUAUAUGGUGCUGCUAUCCAGUUUUAUGAGCCUUAUUCACAAGAGCUGCUAACAGAAAGGCAGCAUAUGCAGCUGGGUCUCCUGACAGCUGUAGAGAGAAAAGUAGUUACUUCCAAAUCCAUAAAUUCCAACAAAUGCAUCUGCCUUCUGUCACACUGGCCUUUCUUUGAAGCUUUCCGAAAAUUCCUCAUGUUCAUCUAUAAACUCUCAGUGUCUGGACCGCAUCCACUUCCAAUUGAAAAGCACAUAUCCCACUUUAUGCAUAACAUACCCUUCCCUUCUCCUCAGAGACCAAGAAUCCUUGUGCAGCUUUCUGCACAUGAUGCAUUAAUACUGUCUCAACCAGUUUCCACACCCUUGCCGCUCAGUGGUGCAAACUUCAGCACUCUGUUAAUGAAUCUUGGACCUGAAAACUGUGCUACUUUACUCCUGUUUGUGUUGCUGGAAGGCAAGAUUCUGCUACAUUCUCUCCGUCCAGCUGUGCUGACUGGAGUAGCUGAAGCUGUGGCAGCUAUGAUCUUUCCAUUUCAGUGGCAGUGCCCCUACAUCCCCCUCUGUCCUUUGUCUCUGGCAACAGUGCUCAGUGCUCCUGUCCCAUUUAUAGUUGGAGUUGACUCACGGUACUUUGAUCUGUAUGACCCGCCACAGGAUGUUGUUUGCAUUGAUUUAGACACAAACAUGGUGUACAUAUCAGAUGAUAAGAAGAGCAUGAACUGGAAGCAACUUCCUAAGAAGCCAUGCAAAAGUCUUCUUGGCACCUUAAAGAAACUGCACCCACAGCUGGCAUUAGUUCACAGAAAGACCCAAGAAGGCUCUGCAGUCGAGAUGACACCUAUAGAAGCAGACUUUUCUUGGCAGAAAAGGAUGACACAAUUUGAAAUGGAGAUACAGGAAGCCUUUCUACGUUUCAUGGCAUCUAUUUUAAAGGGUUACAGAACAUUUCUUAAACCAAUCACACAGGCACCUUCAAAUAAAGCUACUGCAGCAGAUUCCUUGUUUGACCUUCAAGGAUUUUUAAAAAGUAGAGAUCGUGCCUAUACAAAAUUCUAUACGGUUUUAACAAGGACACAGAUAUUUAGCCGCUUCAUUGAAGAAUGCAGUUUUGUGAGUGACAAAGAUACCGGCCUGGCAUUUUUUGAUGACUGUGUGGAAAAGCUUUUUCCUGAGAAAGGAUCAGAAAAAGGAGAUAAGGUUGAUGUAGACUCUGCAGAGGAUACUCGGUUGAUUGAGCUUGAUGAGUCACAGAAGAGUGAGCACACAGUGUUCAUAAUGCCACUAGAGCCGCCCCCUGAUGAUGGACAAGACAAGCUACCAAAGUACAGCUAUAAAACCUUCCCCAGACUAGAGUUAAAACUGUUUGACAGACCACAAGAGCUCAAGCUUUCAUUCAAGAGGCACCCAGCUGGAGGCAACAUAUCAAAUAGUCCAGCACUCAUGGCAAAAAGAACAAAACAGGAGAUAAAAGCCACUCAUAAACUAGCGAAGAGAUACCAUACAAAUCCUCCACAAUGGGCCAAAUGCCUCUUCAGUCAUUGUUACAGCUUAUGGUUUAUUUGUCUCCCAGCCUAUGUUAGAGUUUCCCACCCCAAGGUCAGAGCCCUUCAGCAAGCAUAUGAUGUUCUUAUCAAAAUGAAGAAAACUGGUGUGGAGCCACUAGACGAAGUGUGCUAUAGAGUUGUAAUGCUGCUUUGUGGGCUUUGGGGACAUCCUAUUCUGGCUGUGAGAGUUCUUUUUGAAAUGAAAAAUGCUGGCAUACAACCAAAUGCAAUCACAUAUGGUUACUACAACAAGGCAGUUUUGGAGAGCCCAUGGCCCAGCAGUAAUCGCAGUGGUGUAUUUCUCUGGACAAAAGUGAGGAAUGUAGUAUACAGCAUGGCACAAUUUAGGCAAUGUCUCAGAAAAUCUGCACAUAGCUCCCAGGUCACUUCUGUUCCAGCUCCUCGGAUGGUCACAGGUGGAAGUGAUGGGGACACGGUGAGCCAUGGUAGUGUGGAUAGUUCUAAUGAUGCUAACAGUGGGGAGCACACACUCUUCGUCAGAGACUUAGUCAGGCUUGAUUCCAUUGGUAAUCACUCUAGCACAGGUGGUCAGUCAGAUCAAGGCUAUGGUUCUAAAGAUGAACUCAUAAAAGAAGAUGGAGACACUCUUCAUACGACAGAUAUGCUUAUAGAAAAAGAGCGGGUUUCGAAAGAUGAAGGCUUAAUUGGAGACUUUUGUGGUAUCACUGAGCCUGUUGAAAAACAACUUCCUAAUGCAGAAUCCCACAGCCCCGUGGAGGUGCCUCUGCAUCCUGUAAGCAGUAUCGUGAAGGUUCCCUCUGGCAUAUUUGGGAACACGGGAAGGAAGAGCAGUGGUGGAACUGUGCCUAGUGCUCUGUUCAUAGCUCAGGAUUCAGUUGAGGAUCCAGUGUUUGAUUAUAAUACUUCUCCCAAAAGAACAAAUGAAAAAGGGAAGAAAAGGCAGAAGCUUUUUUCAGAAAGAAGUUGCAGCUUCAGCACUGAAAGCAGAGCAGGGAUGUUGCUGAAGAAAAGCAGUUUGGACUUGAAUUCCAGUGAGGUAGCCAUAAUGAUGGGCGCUGAUGCAAAGAUCCUUACAGCAGCUCUGUCUGUGGCCAACACAUCACCACCUCACAUCUCUAAAUCCCACAGCGUCAGCGGUGCUGGGGGUGUGCAGUUUUUCUGUGGUGAAGAUACUGGCACGUCCUGCCUGAAUGAAAAUAUUUUGGAAGCAGAGUCUAGGUCAUCCCCUGUGCUGGAAGAGCCUGAAGAAGGACAGGAAGAGCUCCGAAUAGGACUUGAUGACAGCACAGCCAAAGCUGAAAAUAUUAUUUCCAAUCCUCUUGAUUCUACUCAGCCCCAAACUGAGCAAACAGAAUCCAGAGAGGGAGCAAAUAAAAGAAACAGUUUCUAUGGUGUAGCCAAGCCGGUUGAAAGGGAAAAUGUUCAAGUGGGUUUGGACCCUUUAUCUUUGCUGGCAACUGAGACAAUAGAGCCCAAAGCCUCUGAACCAGAAGAGAAGAUGCUGUCACCAGUUGUAGCACGCAACCUGGCAGAUGAAAUUGAAAGUUACAUGAACCUGAAAAGUCCACUGAGCAGCAAAUCUUGCAGCAUGGAGCUGCACAAGAAAGAGAACAGCCAAGAGGAAGCUUCCCCUGGUUCAUCAGUACCCUCACUGGAGAGGCGGUCCAGCUUGCCUUCGGAUUCCAUGCCUCCAUCCCAGGUUCAGAAUGUCAGUCGGAAAAGUCCAGCGGUUUCCAGGUCCAAAACCUUUACUGGAAGGCCAAAGCAACUGGCUCUUUCACGGUCCCAAAAGGAACGGUCUACAUCAUUAACAGGGUUGGGUCGUACUUCCCCCCAGGCUUCACUGGGGGCAGUAGUUACAACUCUCUCAGGUCUAAAGCUAGACCACCUGUUAUCUGGACCUAAAAUAGAUGUUCUGAAGUCUGGAAUGAAACAAGCAGCUAAUGUAGCCAGCAAGGUGUGGGGAGCUGUGUCCUCAGCAUAUAGCUACUCGGAUGACGAGGAAGAGAGCAGUCGACCAGACUUUACCUUUCCAGCUGGUUUUGAAGAUCAUAUUUUAGGUGUCAGUCAAGCACAAAAAACGAGGACCCCAGGGCUCACAACCAGUGAACUUGCACAGAGUACCACCAGUCUUGGAAGCAGCAGCAGCAGUGGAGAUGCAGGGAAGCAACAUUAUCAAACAGGUGAUGUGCAGUUCCCAAGGAGUAUGAAAGGUCUGGAUUCUGAUAAGUCUGAGCAUGGCUCUUCAUAUAAUACUAGCUUGUCCAGCAUCUUCCAGAACUGUGCAAUGGAGGUCUUAAUGUCAAGUUGUUCCCAAUGCCGAGUAUGUGGAGCACUAGUUUAUGAUGAAGAAAUUAUGGCAGGAUGGACUGCAGAUGACUCAAAUUUGAAUACGACAUGCCCAUUUUGCAAAAACACUUUCUUACCUCUUCUCAAUGUGGAAUUUAAAGACCUGCGUGGUCUUGCAAGCGUGCUUCUGAAACCAAGUUCCUCUGGUGAUAGUUUACACAGCAGUAACAUUCCAUUAACCACUGAUUCUCUGGAGCAGAAGCCUGUUUCCACCCCGGCCACUGAUUUGAUCAGUUUUUCAGAUCCCUCAAACAGCAACCAGACCAUCACUGAAGAACACAGCACCACAGCAAUGCAAAGCAUUGGUACAGCAGAAGGCAACAAGGACAUCAAACCCACAAGGCCAUCUGUUGCAAAUAACUCAUCAAAGCGAGGAACUUCUCUAACUCGGAGCCACAGUGUUGGCGGCCCACUGCAAAAUAUUGAUCUCCUGCAAAGGCCAUCACAUGGUAUUUCAACAGUCAGCCUUCCUAACAGUUUGCAGGAGGCUAUGGAUCCCUUAGCAAAAAAGGCCAAUCCUUUACCUGUGUCCGUGCCUUAUUUAAGCCCUUUGGUACUUCGGAAAGAGCUAGAAUCUUUGUUGGAGAAUGAAGGCGAACAAGUGAUCCACACCUCAACAUUCAUCAAUCAACAUCCCAUUAUUUUCUGGAAUCUUGUGUGGUAUUUCCGGCGCCUGGACCUCCCAAGUAACUUGCCAGGACUCAUUCUAACAUCAGAACACUGUAAUGAAGGUGUACAGCUUCCUCUGUCAAAUUUGUCUCAAGACAGCAAGCUAGUGUAUAUCCAGCUACUGUGGGAUAACAUUAACCUUCAUCAAGAGCCAGGGGAGCCUCUGUACAUAUCUUGGAGAAAUCUCAAUUCAACAGAGAAAAAGCCCUCCGUAAAUUCAGAAGAACAACAAGCCUUAAGCACUUUAGUUGAAAAUAUCAAAUUGCAUAUUCAACAAAAUGAAGUUAUUAAACCUAUCAAUCUCCUUGUGCAGAACAUUAAACACAAUGGGAAACGACAAAGGAGUUUUUACAGAGAAAUCCUUUUCCUAUCCCUGGUGUCCCUUGGGAGAGAGAAUAUUGACAUUGAGGCCUUUGACAACGAAUAUAGAGCUGCAUAUAAAAACCUUCCAGCAGAGGUGCUCUGUAAGUUGCAGAAGAUAGAUACUCCACCCAGUGGCAAUGUUGAGUGGUGCAGGAAAUGCUUUGGAGCACCUGUCAUCUAAACUCCACACAGCAGAAGGCCAAGAAGCCCAAAGCAGAGGACUGGGGAGAAACUGGGGAUGAAUUGAAGUUGAGCUGCUCAAUCCCAGCUAGAACUCCAGUUCAGAGUGCUCUUACUUGUGACAGUUUGUUAUUCCUUCCAGCCCUUGAAUUAGAGCAGAUUGCUAGUACAAAGAAUAUUUCGCUUUUGAACUGAAUGUUAACCUUCAACUAUAUUCUAUCUAUUUAACCCUUCUCUGUCUCAUGUCUAGAAGAGAAAAAAUUGCAUUUGAGACUGGCAUUUAUUUGAUAUCUUUCUUCUGAAGACUUGAAAUGUCAGAAUGUUUAUGUACUCUGCCUUCUAGCCCACAAGCACAUUAAAUUAAUUUCUUUAUGUAUGGAACAGUUCCUGUUUAAAGAGGGAUCUAUUUGCUGCAUGUAUAUGUACUUACAUGUUGUACAUUUGAAUUAUGAAAUACAAUCCUUUUUACUUUGGUCAAAAUACCAAACUGUAUCUUUAGUAAAUACCCAUCCUUCUUUGAAACAAUCACUGUCCUGGUCCAUUGCAAAAAUAUACCUUUGGUUUUGGCUGUUGUAAAGCUUAAUAUUUUCUCUUUUCAUAUUACUUUAAAUUUUAAACUGUACAUACAAUGUUCUUUUGUCCCAAACAAUGAUGGGUUUCAACCCUGAGUGGCUCUAAGGCAAUUGCCUUUUUGUAAAGGAAAGUGGAGAGUAAAUGAAUCUAGGGUACAUAAAAAGGUGUGAAUUAUUGACCUUAUACAUUUUUAGCCUUUGUGUAAAAGAAAAUAUAAAUAUAUGGGGCAAAGCUUGAGGUGCACUAAUGCCUCAUUCCUGCUCACCUUUCUACCCUGUGGGGCGUUUUUUGCACUGUCCAGACUGAAUACUUCUGUCAGAAAUGGAUUUGUACUCACACACUUGAAGAUAGGUUUGCUUAGAGAAAAAUGCUACUUUGAAUGUUCUUAAGAAUUAACUAUCCCAAUUGGUCUUGAGGAAUGCAUUCAUGAAUAGUCUUCCUGCUUCUGUUCAUUUUAAAGGAUGAAAUGGGCUAUGUUUGUCAAUUAACUUUGUGAAGUGAGUCCAGUAGGAGGAAUUUUGAGGAUAAUGACUAAAAAGUACCAAUUUGUUCUCAGUCAUGAAUGUAUUCUGCUCACAGUACUCUUUCACAUUUCUCUAGUGCUAGUGGAGAAGUAUCUAGUACAAAACUUGGCUGCAUUGUAAACAUUCUGCAAACAGUUUGGCGUUUCAAUUAAGCAGUGAGAAUUUUUGCACUUAUCAACAGUUUGGCACUUUAGGUUCAAAUGUCUUUUACUGUUUUGGUAAGCCACAUUUCAAAAUAUAUUUUUCUUGGAAUUUGUUUUUAAUGAGGAAGCCAUGCCCUUAGAAAGCAGUCUGAAAAUAAUAUCGCCCUUGCGUCAUUUCUACACCCCCCCCCCCCCCCCCCUUUUUCUGAAACUGAGAGGGACUAUCUUAAACUUGCCUGUAGAAUUAGUUGGUAUUUUCAUUUUUGUCUCUUAUGUCCCUUUUCCCAAAUAUAAUGAAAGCUUCAUCUACAGUAAUUUUAUGUUAAUAAAACCCUUAUGAAACACA